AUGCAAACUGGCACGGUCAAGUCCUACAAUCCUCACAAGGGCUGGGGAUUUGUAGAAUGCAACGGCCAAGACAGCUUCCUCUACAAGAACGAGCUGAAAGGGCAAUGCCCAUCAGCUGGCAACCAGGUGACCUUCUCGGUGGAGAAUUCCGAGAAAGGCACAGUUGCAACCAACGUGCAGGUGCAGGUGCCAGCGGAGGAGGCAUCGUACUUUGGCGAGAUCAAGCGUUUUAAUCCAGUCAAAGGCUAUGGCUUCAUCUCCUGCGAAGCCUUUGACCAGGAUGUCUUUGUGCUCAAGUCCGAGCUUCCACAAGGCUUUGGCCCGGAGGGUGGCCACUGCAAGUUCAAGGUCACCAAGGAGGAGAAGGGCCCAGCAGCGAAACAGGUCCAUUUGCUAGGGGCUGCAGGAAACCAGGCGCAGCAGAUGGCCUGUAGCUGGGGCAAGGGCUGGGGCAAGGGCUGGGGCAAAGGCUGGCCCAUGGCCAUGCCCUUCUGGAAGGGGUGGGGCAAGGGCUGGCCCAAAGGCUGGGGAAAGGGAAAGGACGGAAAGGAGUGA